GAAGUUUGGCGUUUGUUUUCUCUCCUCUGAAAUUUAUUUUGCAAAAUUUUAUCUUUUAUCGGAAUAAUUAGUAUUAUUUUCAACUGUUUUAAAAUUGUGAUUUGUUGUUAAACUAAAGGAGAAAUGGAUACUUUCAAUAUGAUAACAAAUGAAAACAGCUGGAAAUAAAAAAUACUAUUUGCUCUGUAAGCUCGAUGCAAAGUGACGAUAUUGGAUCGAAUUUAGCUGGACAUACUUGCAAAGUUAGUGUUUCCCGUGGAUAAUUGAUACUUUAUCCCGAUGACCUUCCGGCAUCCGUCGAAUCUACGCAAUGGGAUUAAUAUUUUUGUCAUGGCCAGCCUGUGGAUCCAUGCAAUGCAAAUGCUGGAGCGAACUUGAUGCAUUCUAGUAUGGAGCAGACAAAUCAAGGAUUCACAAUGGAUUGCACGAACCCAUCCAGAAUCUCUCCUCCUAAAUCAACAAUAGACUCAACACCCCUCCAGCCAGCUAUGGACAAAAAUAAGGAAUCACUGAAAGUAAAACUUUUGGUCAGAAGAUCUUUGAACCAGUUAGUGGAACAGGGAAUUAUGCCAUCACCUAAAACUUCUCCGGCAAUAUAUGAACAACAGCGGCAACUUGAACGUGCCAAAACUGGAGACAUGCUCAAGGCCAAAAUAAAGCAGAGGCCGGAUCGGAUGGAACUAGAACGGAGACACAUUUUGGAGCACCAGGAAGGCAACAUUGAUCCCAGUCUUGCAGAGAAGAAGCGAAUGCUGGAAAAAGCUCUCUUGGUGGACCAUCUCAAUUCCAAGAUAUCCCAUCGGCCAGGCCCACUUGAACUAAUCGAAAAAAACAUUCUACAUGCAGAAGAGCCCAUUGAACGGAUAGUCAAGGAAGGCUUAGUUAAUUAUACUUCUACCGAUGAAGCUGUUUCACCAGCACAAACACUCAGAAGUCCUGAAAGCAUGGUGUGCAUAGAAGAUGAUUCACUAAGCUCGGAAGGUGAAACCCAAAAUUUGCAACGCCUCACACCUAUUAAUGUUUUGUUACUCACGCAACCACAAAGUACAACAGUUUCUACCGAUGCUCUCAUCGGAACAUUCUCGGUUGGCGUUGGUACAACCAAUGUCUUGGAAACAGCUAGUUCCAGUGACACUACCAAAUUUGCGCGACCUGAAACUUGUGUCAAAAAAGAGGGAAUUGAACCAGUUCCCUUCAACGUAGUUGAAUGUAUCAAAAAACCCUAUGUUGGUAGCAGUGCUACAUCAUCUAAAAGUGAUUUAAAAGAGAAAAGCAAAAAGAAAAACAAAAAUAAGGUUAUAUCUAAAACCAGAUCAAUUAAGUUUCAUGAAUACAAAGGUCCGCCCAAUGCGCAAAAACACGCUUCUAGUUUACACAACAGUGGCGAAACCAACUAUCAGCUCAUAAUGAAGCAACAAUACCUUCUGGAGUAUUUGGAAGAAAUAUGCAAGCAUCCUCCGGCAGCUUCAAGCAGCUCGAGUAUGUCAUUUUCGGUAACGGCAAGGGAAAAAGAUGGCAACACAGUGACACUGGGUGGCGAUUCUCAAAAACUACCACCAGAUCCGGCAACUGAAACCUUGAAUAAGCUCAAAGUAUUCCAACUGAAGAGGUAUUGCAAAAAAUAUAAUCUUCCAGUGUCGGGUUCUAAAUCAAGUCUCAUCGACCGACUUAAACCUUUUCUGCCCUUGAUGGAACAAACUUCCGACUUCGAAGGUAAAACUGAAUCGGAUAUAUCGCUGAAUAGCAAUCCAGCAUCUGAAGCUAAAGCUACUGAAGGUGUGGAUGAGCAGGUGCUCAAAGAACAACAGAAACGAAUUGCUGAACUGCAAAUGCUAUUGAAGAAAAGUCAAGAUGAACUGGAGCAUAUGAAAAUGAUACAGCAGCGUUCUCCACAGGACUUCAACCAAAUAGCCAGCUCCAGUUCUGAUAAUCUUGAACAAAUAAGCGAACCAGAAACGACAAAGAUUUUCAAAAGUGAAGAAAUCAACAUCACAUCCUUACAUACUGAUAAAAUCUUGUCUGAUAUGGACAUUAAAAUAACCGUUAGAAUUGACACAGAUUCUCCAGAUUCUACAAUUAAGCCUAAACUUGAGCCGAAUUUCACCGGAAAAGACACCAUGUUAAGUGUUUUAGAUGGUCCUAGCAGUAUACUUAAUACAAACGCAGCGAAGCAGUGGAAAACUGAUGCAUUGCUCGAUGCCGUGGUGGAAGAGGAGCACAUGCUACAAUGCGAUGCCAUACCUCAUAGAACAGUCAGUUUUCCUUCAAACACUGAAACACUCGACAAAUUGCUAGGCCAGGUCCAACCUGGCAUUCCUAAUUUAAACGAUAGCAAAGAUCAAGUAUAUAAAAUGCCUUUGGAUACAAACGCCCAAAGUGAUAUGUUGAGCAACAAAGACAUGGACACAAAAUCGAUGAGCGCUGAACCGAUGCACACUCCCCUAGUGCUUAACGAUUACAAUGAUGUGGACUUGCUCGACUUCCAUAUGCAGAUUGAUGAUACCAGUGACAAUUAUGCGAUACCCAAGUCGAUUGACAGUGCUUUCCCUAGCAUGGAUAUUAAGGAACCCGAUUGCAACACUGUCAAUAGUAAUAAAAUGAACUAUGAAUCGGUUACGUCGGACAGCAGCUUAAUUUACAAUGGAGACGAUGACAAAACAAACGCUUUCAAUGAUUUCGAUGGUAUGCGCUUUGUGCACAAUGGGCCAUACAGCGAACUUUUUAAGCUGCAUCAUACUGGUAUGAAUGUGAUUCAAAACCCAACAGUAGAUCCAGAGUCUUAUUUAAAGAUGAACCAAACAAACGAUAUCAACGAUAACUUCACCAAUAUCCCUGCCAGCCAUGAUUUAAGCUGUUCGUUUGCUCCGAAGCAUUUAGAUCUUUCCUCGAGCUCUGAAGCAUCUAACGUAAAACGGUGCUGGAUGCCCAAUAGUACGUUCUACGAUGGUUCCAAGCUCAAGAUGGUUGCCUUAGAUAACCAACACCAUGGUCUGCAAUCGAAUCAAAAUCACAGUGACAUUAUAAACAUAGCUGGAAUGAAAAAUAGUGAUGAUAGAUAUAGUUUUGGCGAUCAUAAUAAGGACACUUUGUUGAAUAGUACAUGCAAUAAUAGCACACACACCGGACACAUCAGUCCGAUGGACUUUGAUAGUUUGUUGUCGAAUAUGAAUUCACCUUUAACUCCGCAAAAUUGUGAUCGUGGCGUACUUGAUGAGAAUCAAGACAAAGCAUUGUAUGAUUUACAACAAAAUAAUUUACUUGAUUACUUUACCGAUGAUUAUGGUAUGCAUAAUGCAAUUAUAUAAUAUGUGAAAAUAGAUAACACUAGAUAUUAGAAAAAACAAA